AUGGCAGUGGUUAAGUCACAAGUAACAAGAUCACUAAGAGAUAUACCACCAGCUCACUACCUUCUCAAGAUUGAGUCAUUCUCACUACUCUCGCAAUUACUCUUAGAUGUUGGAAUGAAGAAUUAUGAAUCAGACAUUUUUGAAGCCAGUGGCUACAAAUGGAAAUUGUCACUCUACCCAAGUGGCGAUAAACAAAGAAAAGGGAAAGGACACAUCUCUCUUUACUUGCUAAUUGCAGAGACAAAUGACCAUAAUGGGAAGGUAAAAUGCUUUCAUUUGAUGAAAACUGAAUUCGGUUUUCCCCAAUUACUCCCAUUUGGUACUUUCAACGAUGCUGCUAAUGGAUACCUCAUCAGAGACACGUGCUUGUUUGGAGCAGAAGUUGUUAUGAAUUGCACUGGCAGAGGAGAGUGUCUAACUUUAUUGAAAAAAGGACUCGACAUUACUUACACUUGGAAGAUUGAUAAGUUCUCAUCUCUAGUUUCCAAAAUUCAUUAUUCUGAUGUCUUCACUAUUGGAAAUCAGAAGUGGAAGGGUAACCAUUCGUUCUUGUCGUUUACUAAGCUCCAUGAUGCUUCUAAGGGAUUCCUUGUGAAGGAUACUUUGAUUAUUGAAGCUGAAGUUAGUGUCUUAUCCACAGUGAAUAAUUUCUCCAAGUAA